AUGGGGACCAUCACCUUCGAUAUCAACGAUGCGCUCAAGCAUUACAUGUCCGAUCCUGCCACGAUCCCCACGCCGGAAGCAGACGCUGCGCUGUUCGAUUGCGAGAAUGACCCGGAGGCACUCACCAACCAGGUGAUCAAUCCUGUGUUGAAUCCCAUCAUCGACGCGGUUGCCGAUAACCCAGAUGCCAUCCUGAGGGCCGUUAACAUAGAUUCAUUACAAUUCCUGCUCAAUGCCGAGGCGGAUGCAGUACAUAGCGAUAUCGAGUCACCGGAGGAGCAGGAAUCUGUGGCGCAUCACAAGCAGCUGCUCGAGAUAUAUGGAUUCCUUAUUCAGUGGACCAUUGCCGCCGUCGAAACCAAAACCGCCGAAAAGUCAUCCACAGCGCCAGUCGCGAGAGGGCGAGGGAAGCCGAAGAAGGCGUCGCAAAGAGAGGACACUUGGGACUCGGCAUCACAGCUUCAGGUCGCACUUGAAAUCAUGUGCAAGACGCUCAAGCUGAAAUUGUCCAAAAUCUUCAUGACAACAAGUGAGAGGGAUACCUUCAUCAGUCUGCUCACGCGACCGGUCUAUAUGAUUCUCGAAAAUGAGCAACGUGUGAAGACAACAACUAUUCGGAUGCACUGUUUCAAAGUCCUGUGCAUUGCGGUCAAGCAUCACGGCCAUGGCUACGCCGCACAAAUCAACAUCAUUCAGAACUUGACAUACUUUGAGCAUCUGUCUGAACCAAUGGCGGAGUUUCUGCAUAUUCUGGCGGAAACAUACGACUAUCCACAGCUAACCGACGAAGUCUUGCGCGAAAUAAGUAACAAGGAAUUCAACGCCAACGAUACUCGAGGACCAAAGUCAGUCUCUGCAUUCAUCGCCAAGUUAUCAGAGCUUGGCCCAAGGCUGGUAAUCAAGCAGAUGACAAUGCUGGCUAAGCAGCUAGAUAGCGAGUCGUAUACUCUUCGAUGCGCUUUGAUCGAGGUGUGCGGUAACAUGAUUGCUUACCUUAGCAGACAAGACGAGCGAAGCGAGAAUCACAAGUCCCAGCUAAACGCCUUCUUUGAUGUCCUUGAGGAGCGUUUCCUUGACAUUAACCCGUACGCAAGAUGCCGCACCUUGCAGGUAUAUGUGAGACUUUGCGAGCUUGAGCAAAAGUUUCCCAAGCGACGACAAAAGGCUGCCGAGCUUGCUUGCAGAAGUCUUGAAGACAAGAGCAGCAAUGUGAGGCGUAACGCGAUUAAGUUAUUGGGCACGCUUAUCAAGACUCACCCAUUUACUGUUAUGCACGGGGCUCAGCUCUCACGAAAGGAGUGGCAGGCUCGCUACGACAAGGUUGAAGAAGAGCUGAAUGCACUGAAGCCUCCUCCCGGCAUUGCUGGCUUGGCCGAUGCUACAGUCGACAACAGCCUUCUCGAUGAGGCUACCCAAAUCGAAUCUCCAGAAAAGUCCAAGCCAAUGACAGAUCAGGAGAAAUUCGAGGCAAUCCAAAAAGCACAACAAGAGGCGGCUACAAGUGAGGCGAUUGAAAAGCUCACUCUCACUAGGCGAUAUUACAACGAAGCCAUCAAGUUCAUUGACGUCUUGCACAACGCAACUGAGAUCAUCUGCCAGCUUCUUGGAUCUCGAAACAAGAGCGAGGUCAUCGAGGCAAUCGAUUAUUUCGAAAUUGGCGACGCCUACAACAUUGAGCAGAACAAGGUCGGUAUUCGCCGUAUGUUGCGAUUGAUCUGGACCAAGGGCAACAGCGACGAGGGCAAAGGCGUGCAAACCCAUCUCAUCGAGUGCUACAAGAGACUAUUUUUCGAAGCGCCGGACUCUUUCAGCCCAAACGAUGCAGCCAACUAUAUUGCGCGCAACAUGAUAAGUUUGACGUUUGGGGCUACGCCUGCCGAACUUACUUCACUAGAGCAGCUGCUUGCCACCAUGAUGAAAAGCGGCGCUAUUCACGAAAUCGUGGUCGCCAAACUAUGGCAGGUGUACGGCGUCCAGAGGCGAGAGAUUUCUCGGACUCAGAGACGAGGCGCCAUCAUCGUGCUGGGGAUGCUUGCAACGGCAAUCCCUGAGAUCGCCGUUGGUGAGAUUGAGACGAUGCUCCGGACGGGUCUGGGAGCCCAUGGGCGGAACGAUUUGCAGCUGGCAAAAUAUACUUGUAUUGCUCUAAGACGUAUCAAUCCCACAGGAAGGCAAGCCAAGGAAUCAAACUCCAAGUUUUCCCGGCUCCCAAAUGACCAUGCGGUCUGCUCACGGCUAGCAGCCAUAACCGACAUACCCUCAGACACAAAAGAAUGGUACGGUGUUGCGGAACAGGCAAUCAACGCAAUAUACGCCCUCUCCAAACACCCGGAUAUUCUUUGCUCAGCCAUAAUCCGGCGAAAGGCCAAGCAAGUUUUCGGCCGUUCCAGCUCAAGACCAGCCUCGCGAGAUGAGAACAUGACAGGACAUCACAUAUCGGACCCGACCUCACCGGAGGCUAUGCCAUCAUCACCGCAGAAGACAGCGAAGCGCGAUAAUGCCAUUGCCCUUUCUCAGCUCCUCUUCAUUGUCGGCCAUGUGGCUAUCAAACAAAUUGUACAUUUGGAGCUCUGCGAAUUGGAUUUCAAGCGCAGAAAGCAGGAGAAGGAGAAGCAGGCGCCGGCAAAGGCAGACAAGGACAAGGAAGACGCAGACGAGCUGGAUCUCAUCGGCGGCACCACCGAGGAUGAUUUCACAGAGGCCAUGGCGCACAUCAGGGAGCGAGAGCUUCUCUAUGGCCCGACGUCGCUCCUUGCAACGUUUGGUCCCCUUGUGUCAGAGAUUUGUGCAAACAACACCACAUACGCAGACGAGGGGCUCCAGGCGGCAGCCACUCUGUGUCUUGCAAAGCUCAUGUGCGUGUCGUCUGAGUACUGCGAGACAAACCUUCCCCUUCUCAUCACAAUCAUGGAGCGAUCUCCUGAUGCCACAGUCCGAUCGAAUGCCGUCAUUGCGUUGGGUGACAUGGCCGUCUGCUUUAACCACCUGAUAGACGAAAACACAGACUUUUUGUACAGACGUCUUGCAGAUACGGACGUGUCCGUGAAGCGAACCUGCUUAAUGACGCUGACAUUCUUGAUUUUGGCCGGUCAGGUCAAGGUCAAGGGACAGUUGGGCGAGAUGGCCAAAUGUAUGGAGGACGAAGACAGGCGGAUUGCCGACCUUGCGAAAAUGUUCUUUACGGAGCUCAGCACCAAAGACAAUGCAGUCUACAACCACUUCGUUGACAUGUUCAGUUUGCUCAGCGCCGGUAACAUGGAGGAGGAGAGCUUCAAACGCAUCAUCAGGUUUCUUCUCGGGUUUGUUGAAAAGGACAAACACGCCAAGCAGCUAUCGGAAAAGCUCGCUGCAAGACUCAGCCGCUGCGAGACAGAGCGGCAAUGGAACGAUGUCGCGUUUGCCUUGGGCUUGCUGCAACACAAGAAUGAGGAGAUUACAAAACUGGUUUCAGAGGGUUUCAAGGUGGUGCAGGCUGCCGCUUGA